AUGGCGGCUCCUGCUCUGUGCUGGCGUCUGUCCCUCCUCCUCUUCCUCCUGCCCCUGCCCAUCCCUGGGGCGUCCACAGCGGUGCAAGACACCCCCGAGCUCACGUGCUUCUACAACUCCCGAGCCAACAUCUCCUGCAUCUGGAGCCCGGGGCGGGGCCUGCCGGACCCUUCCUGCCGCCUCCAUGCAAAGCCACAGCAACGUCCCUGGAACAGAUCCUGUGAGCUGCUCCCAGCGGGGCCGGCAUCCUGGGCCUGCAACCUGAUCCUUGACGAGAGCCCAGAGUCUCAGAUGCUGACCGCAGCGGAUGUUGUCAACAUGUCUGUGAUGUGUCGGGACAGGGAGAGGUGGCAGUUGGCGAUGACCCAGAAGUUCCAGCCCUUCGAGAACCUUCGCCUGAUGGCGCCGAACUCCCUCCGCGUCACCCACCUGGAGACCCGCAGCUGCAACGUCACCUGGGCCAUCAACCAGUCCUCCCACUACGUCGAGCGGUACCUGGAGUUCGAGGCCCGGCUCAGGCUCGCAAGCCUCAGCUGGGAGGGGGUCCCCCUGCUGACCAUCGGGCAGAACCAGCGGUGGAUCUACCUGGAGACCCUGGACCCGGGCACCCAGUAUGUGUUACAGGUGCGGGUCAGGGCCCAGCGAGGCAGCAACUCAACUUGGAGCCCCUGGAGCCAGCCCCUGGCCUUCCGGACGGUGCCUGAGUCCCCUUCGCUGGGCCAUAUCAUUGUGGGCCUCAGCGGUGCCUUUGGCUUCAUCAUCAUAGUCUACCUGCUAGUCAACUGCCGGUACCUCAGGCUGUGGUUGAAGAAGGCUCUGAAAUGUCACAUCCCAGACCCCUCGGAGUUCUUUUCGCAGCUGAGCUCGGAACACGGAGGAGACUUCCAGAAGUGGCUGUCCUCGCCCUUCCCGUCGUCCUCCUUCAGUCCUGGCGGCCCGGCCCCCGAGAUCUCCCCGCUGGAGGUGCUGGACAGGGAGGCCAAGGCCACACAGCUGCUCCUGCUGCAGCAGGACAAAGCGCGCUCCUCCUCCCUGGAGACCAGCGGCCACUCACUGACCAGCUGCUUCACCAACCAAGGCUACUUCUUCUUCCACCUCCCGGACGCACUGGAGAUCGAGUCCUGCCAGGUGUACUUCACCUACGACCCCUGCGUUGAGGAGCCCGACGACCAGGGCGGGCCUGGAGCGCCCGAGGGGCCUCCCCUCUCGCCCCUGCCCCCUCUGCCGGGGGAGGAUGACGCCUACUGCACCUUCCCCCCCAGGGGUGACCUGCUGCUCUUCUCCCCUACUCUCGUCGGCGGCCCAGGCCCCCCAGACACUGCCCUGGGGGCCACUGAUGAAGAGAGGCUGCCCCCGUCUCUGCCGGAGGGAGUCCCUAAAGACUGGGGCCCCCCGUCCCUGGAGCCUCCCACCCCGGCAGCCCCCGACCUGGUGGAUUUCCAGUCACCCCUGGAGAACGCACUGGGAGAAGCUGGGGAGGGGGGCUCCGGCCCCGGCCCUGGCCCUGGGGUGGGGGCAGGCUUCCCCUGGGCCAGCCCCCCUGGGCAGUGCCAGGUCAGAGCCCCCACCUUCUGCCUGCCCCUCAACACUGAUGCCUACCUGUCCCUCCAAGAGCUCCAGGAUCAGGACCCAGCUCACUUGGUGUAGACAGAUGGCCAGUGGUGGGGCAGGUGGCCACCCACUGUCACUCCAGGCCCAGUUGGGGACUCUGUCGUCAAGACUUGUCCUCUGCUGAGAUACUUGGUGGCCAGCUGCCCCCUGGACAUCUUUGCCCAGAUGGCCCCCGCCAGGACCUGCACAUGGGGCUGUUCACUGCCAAACCUCACGUGCUGCUCCCUCAUCCUACGUACUUCCCCAGCCAGGAACUGCAAGGGGUGGGGCACUUGGAUCCCCCCAUCAAUCACGGGGAGCCCUGGGUUUUGCCUCUGAAGCAUCGCUCCUCCCCAGCCUACAGCAGUUCCCCGAGGAGGAGAGAUCUCGUGGCUCUCCAGGGGCAGCGUCCCGCCUCUGUAUUGGGCUCCCCGCCUGGCCCCACCCCCGCUCAGCCCCCCUCACCCACCUCCCCGGGGCUGCCGGAACCCUCUUUCCAAAACACACGUGUGGCCAUGCCGUCCUUGUUUAGAACCACAGGACCCCUCACUGUCCCCCUGGCCUGGCCCCGCCCCUCCAGCAUCAUACGGGGUCAUUCCCUCCAGGAACCCUCGGGACAGUCCUCCUGAGCCCCCUGGAGCUCCCUCACGCCCCUACACCUCUGCACAUGCCAUUCCCUGUGCCUGGGUGCCCUCCUGUCUCAUCGGGUGACAAACCGCUCCAUCUCUCCAAUGUGAGCGCAGCGUUCCCCCUAGAGGGAAACACUGUCGCCCUUCACGUGCCCGAACCCUGGGAUUCAGUGCAGGAGGGACCAGUUCUCAGGGUCACAGGGCGGCUGGACAAAGAGGCCGUGUCCCUUCUCUUGGGGAUCUCCCAUGGCCGCAAAACGUUUGGCUCCUGCGUCUUUAAUGGGGUCCAAGCACGGACACACAUCCCCCGCCAGAGUGGACCUCGGCCGGAUCCUUCCGCGAUGGCGUCACGGAGCCCUUAGGCGUGCUGCCGGAAGGAACCCUGCCCGGUCUUGCAGACAGCCCAGUGCUGGUCCCUGCCGCUGCCCCCUCCACUGCAGGGGUCUCUUCUGAAGCCGAGGGGCUGCAGGACCUCCUCCAGGAGGGCAGCUCCAUCGCUGCACUUGGCACAGUGCACUUGACCCCGCCCCCCCCCCCGUUGUGUUCCCCCGAUGAAUGAAUGAACUGUCUGGUGCCACCUUGCCUGGGCUUCCUGCGCCCAGCUGCCCUCUCACGCACGGGGGCACCAUCCACCUCAUGAGAGCACCCUGGGCACCCUAACCCUUCUGAGGUCAGCGCUCAGAGAAGUGAGGCCCCACACCCACGAGGUCCCAGCAUGCCCGCUCCAGCAAGAGGCUCAUCCCCUUACGUGGAAGUCCUCCCCCCUCACUUCCUUCUCAGGGCCUCCCGCCAACCCUCCACUUCUGUUCCCUCUGCCCCUGGCACUGAUCACACCGGUGACCUCUAACUUCCCACACCGGGAAGGCCCCAGCCUCCUUUA